ACAAAGAGGAAGGAAAGGACUCUGAAAGAAGGGCGGCAGUUGUAGCAUACGCACAGCAGCAGGAGUGGCCCGAAGGUCGUUGUCCAGUGACUGGGCAGAGUUUUGAGUAUACUGUGCUCCCGUUUCGGUAUUUUGUGUGUUUUCAUAAGCCUCUGUACCAAAAUUGAAUACUGAAAGGACCAGGCUUCAGAUGAGGUUUCAACUUACACUUCUCUAAAGAAGUCUUCCCUGACUCACGAUUUAAGGAAACUUAGAGAAGAAUGGACUUUGGAUACCGAAUUGCGCCCCACUGAACCUGGCUAGCAAUUCUUGGUGUUUCCAUUUGAAGAGAUGAACAAAGGAGAUGAUGAGAAAAAUCACCAUGUCUUCUUCCAGACUGGGGCCCCGUUUGGCUGCUUGUUUACUAAAUAUUUCAGAAGCUGGAAGAAAAUACGUUGUUGAGAACAUAGCAAAAGCAGCUUUUCUUGAAAAAAAAAUUGGUAGGAACAACAGACAAUUGAAGCAAAUAUGUAUGACUAUAGUGGUUUUUGUAUUCUGCAGACAGUGCUGUAGAACACUCUUCUUUCUUCUUAGACUUUCCUCCUUGUUCUUGGGCUGUUACAGCCUCUGCAAAACUCGGGAUACUGAGAUAGAUCAGUUACUCAUAUGUGCACAUGUGCUCUUUCCAAAAGCUCCGCAGUGUACUUAUUCAUGUUGGAGAAGAGUGUCUGAGAUGAGCAUUGUUCAGGAGUUCAGGCUCCUACGGAGGAUGUAUUUACAUAAAGGUGUAAUGUUUCCCUUGUGGGCCAUUUAUUUGAUCAUUGAAAGAAUGAGCAUAAUUGUACAUUAUGCUUUUUAUUCAACAGGGCAGGAAUAUCCUGAAGUAUCAAUAGCAGCUUCUAUUAAUGAGUUAGGUUUAAUAGGACAACUUGAACUGGAAGGAUCCAAUUCUCUUCUGGUUGCCAGCUUGGAGGCCUUUAAGUCUAUCACUCUGCAGGUUCGAGAGGGGAUCCUCUCUUGCCUGGGAGCAGUGAACCUCUUUCCCAUUUACCUUCUCUCUGGUGUCCAAGGGGACAAGUGUGGAGCUGUGGCCAGAAGCAAAUUGGGAGCGAAGAAAGACCUUUUGCCUGCACUGUCUAGCUGUAGCGUGGCUAAUUACGAGAUGCAGAGGCUCAUAACCUUUGGGGGAAAGUCCGCCUUAGGAUAA